AUGCAAAGCCCUCGAUCGAUAGGAAAAAAAGAACUGGUCACACCUUCUUGUCCAAAUGUGUUAAUAUUCACUCACCCACGAAGUGGUUCAACCUUGACAGGUCACAUAAUACAGCAAGUUCGUGAUAGCUUCUACGCUUUUGAACCUCUCCGAUAUCUUGCUGAAUCACUAGAAAAGGGCGAACGGAUAACAUUUCUCAAUAGAACGGAAAGAUCCUACCAGUAUAACGAUUCAAUUUGGGUGAAAUCUGAAAUACUAUAUCGCUGGUUUACAUGUGAUUUCGACCGAAUCAACAUUAAAGAUUUAAGUAGCAUGUUCAUUGGAACAUAUUCAACCAACUUAAAAGAAUACGCCAGUUGUUUACGGAGGAUCCGUAAUCCUAAUAAAUCUGUCCCAGAGUGUAUCUCAUUACUAAAAACACAGUGUGAGAGAGCCAAAAUUCGGCUAAUCAAAGCAGUUAGACUCGAUAUUGAAUCGAUGGAACUAAUGCUUCAGAUGAUGCAGGACUUGAGGGUAAUCUACUUAGCGCGUGAUCCCAGAGGAAAACUGUCCUCACAGAUGUCUUUAAAACCAGGUGAUUGGGACAUUGUGACAUUUCUGGCGGAGGAUCUUUGUGUGUUGCUUAGUAAAGAAAUUGAGUUUAUUUUAAAACUAAGAGAAAUAUAUCCUAAGAGACUGAAAAUAUUAAUAUACGAAAGAUUUGCCUUCGAUCCUGUUGAAUCUUCUAGAAGAUUAUUUGAAUUUAUCAGUUUGAGAUUUACAACUGAACUUAAACUCGUGGUUAAAAGUUUAACAUUGACAAAGUUUGAGAAAUCUGGGUGUUACUGGUGCGCAAAGCGGACAAAUUCUUAUUUAACAGCUAAUAAAUGGCGACAACAGGUUCUACUCAAACAUAUUAAAAAAGUGGACAAAAUUUGUUCAACUACUUAUCAACGCCUUGGUUACCGAACAUUACCUAACGAGGCAGUGCUUAGAAACAUAUCCUAUCCUUUGUUUGUAGAAACAAACAUUGUAGAUUCUUUUUUGUAACAAUGCAUUUACUUCCGUAUUUU